ACAUCGUUGCAGAGCGAAGGUGUUUUCGUUCGUGCUUGAUUCUGGGCUGUUUUGCUGGCUCUCCUGGUGCUUCUCAUCUCUGUCCUUGCUGUGGGGCGCGUGGCGACGAUGGAGAUCUCAGAAUUGGACAAGAAGUUCAACAUCGUAGACGCGAAAACGCCCACAAAUCAUCAUCUCACGGCGCACUUCAAGAGGAGUUUUGCUCACUACACCAUUAAGGAUCGCCUGCCGGUAAUACUCACACGGAUCAUUGAUGGCUUGUCGCGUGAGAAGGAAGCAAUCAGCUUGGCUUAUGGUGAGGAAUCCGCCGAUGACCUGAAAGAUGUGAUAGGCAACAUAUCAAAGCUCAAGUACGAGUUGCAGACGGACAAGAAGUUCAAGCCGUUGGACGGCAAUGACAGCGACCAGGAGGCGUGGAACGCCUUCCUGCGCGCCCUCCCGGACACCCACAAUUCCUACUUCUCCGCCGUGUGGCUGCACGCCGAGUGCUACAUGUAUCGGCGCGUGCGGGCGAUCUUCGCCGAGACGGCGACGCUGAAGCAGUUUGACUACUUCCGCAGGCAGAAGGAGGAGGCUUUCAUGGGCAGCCUGGGCGCCUUCUUGCGCCUCACGGAGAAGCUCAACGAGACGCGCGAGGCGAAGUCGCGCGCCGAGCUGAAGAUACUCUUCCGGCAGCUGCUGAAGGUGAACUUGUGGGGCAACAGAAUCGAUCUGUCCAUCAGUGGUGGGCGGAUUGUGAGCCAGGACGAGGACCCAUUUGCCACUCUUGCCAAUCUGGAGACGUUCAUCCUGGCGGACGACACGGACGCGAUCUGGGCGUGCGUGGCCAGCACGGACGGCAACAUAAUUGUUGACAUUGUCAAUGACAAUGCCGGCUAUGAACUGCUCACGGAUCUCUGUCUGGGUGACUUUCUCAUCUCGCACAAUCUCGCCGCGAAGAUUCGCUUCCAUGUGAAGACCAUUCCCUGGUUCGUGUCGGACGUCACGCCGCACGACUUCCGCUGGACGCUGGACAGCCUGUCGGUGCACGCGAAGGCGACACUGCGCGAUCUGGGCUGUAGACUGUCCAACUACAUGGAGACGGGGCACUUUGAGCUGCUCGAGGACGAACACUUCUGGACAUCGGCGCACGACUACAGUGAGAUGCAGCACGUGAAGCCCAGCGUGCACCGGACGCUGCAGCAAGCGCACCUAAUCGUCUUCAAGGGCGACCUCAACUACCGCAAACUCCUCGGUGAUCUCCAGUGGGACACCACCACGCCCUUCCCCGACGCCCUGCGUGGCUUCCGGCCCAGCAAUCUCUGCGCGCUGCGCACCGUGAAGGCGGAUCUGGUGGCUGGACUGCCGCGCGGACGCGCCGAGGGUCUGACAGCGAAGGAUGCCAAGUGGAUGGAGACCGGUGAUUACGGUGUGAUCCAAUUCGCGCCCAAAUAAGCCAACCCUGUGCGUGAUUCAGCCAAAAACAGAAAUAAAUUCCCCCGUGUCCUUAAAUGUGUCUUCGUUGUGUGAGCGAAAUUAAAGAUUUUGGGCGAAGUGCAAAGUUA